AUGGGAUUUGGUUCCUUCGAGACGAUAUGCGAGCGAGCCGGGCUUCCUCUAUGCUACGUCCUUGGUACGCCUACCGAGUUCACCUCAGAAAGAAAUCCAGCACUGUUGCCAACAUGCAGUGCAAGAUCCAUUGAGUUGGCAAACACCAUUAUAUUCCAGGCCGCCACCGACUUUGCCCAUAUCGCUGCUCUUGGGAUGACCGCGAUCAUGAUCUUUCACGUCCGCUCCAAGUUCACCGCUGUUGGGAGAAGAGAGAUCUUGACAUUUUUCUACAUCUACAGUCUACUGACCAUCAUCAGUUUGGUCUUGGACGCCGGCGUCUUGCAGGCCACAACUUCUAGCGCAUUCCCUUGGUUUGUUGCGGCGCAGAAUGGUCUGACCAGCGCCUUAUGCACCAGUCUCCUCAUCAAUGGCUUUGUCGGCUUCCAGCUAUAUGAAGAUGGUACAACCCUUUCUGUUUGGCUGCUCAGGCUGGGUAGUUUGCUUAUGUUUGUCAUUACCUUCGCUGUCAGUCUGCUCACCUUCAAGGGCUGGGCGGGAUUGUCUCCAACCAACACCACUGGUCUUUUUGUUGUCUUGUACAUUAUUAAUGCCAUCUGUGUCGCUGUUUAUUUUGUCAUGCAAAUCAUUUUGGUGGCCAAUACCCUCCAAGAUAGAUGGCCUCUGGGUGAUCUUGCCUUUGGAGGGCUUUUCUUUGUCGCUGGACAAGUUAUUCUGUAUGUCUUCGCGGGAAAGAUUUGCGAAGGAGUCAACCAUUAUCUGGAUGGCUUGUUUUUCGCCACAGUUUGCAAUUUAUUGGCCGUGAUGAUGGUCUAUAAGUACUGGGACAGUAUCACCAAGGAGGACCUCGAGUUCAGUGUGGGCACAAAGCAAGGUCACUGGGAUGUCAAAGAGGCUCUACUCGAACCCACUGAGGAUUAUCGAACAAGUGUCUACGGUCGAGAAAGCGUCUACGACACAAGCAGCCUCGAGUACCAACCUCAGCAUAGCCACUCAUUAGGCCGAGAUCAAUACUCCACCCAUACCAGUCCGGUUGAGCCCCGGCAAGGUCUACAGUAUGGCGACAUACGACAACAAUUGGGCACGUACGAGGACUUUGAAUCACAACCUCCGAACUACCGGAAUCGUGAAAGAGAAUAUGCUUAUUAA